AUGUGUCUUCUCUUGGUGGUUUGUUCGCUAUUGUAUUGGACUUUAAUGUCUCCUAUCCUGUUAUGUCUCGUUUUUCACACUUCUCUGCGUAUAGUCUAUCGGAGUUACUCGUCGUUAUUUUGUUGUAUACAUCUACUGCCUGUCAAAUCAUAG